AUGUUUAGUAUAAUGAAGUCUAAUCUUUCGAAGAGAAAGAACCAGCUAUUAGAGAGUAAAGAAGUAGCAACAGAAGACUUAAAAGUACAUAGAAUAAGACAAGAGGAAAAGAAAAGAGCUAUCUGCAGAGCAAAGUUAUACAUGCUCAUUGGGCUAGCCAUACUGUGCCAUGUAUGGGACAGAAUACUGACAGUAGAUGGGCUAAGAGGUGUCUAUAUAAAGGCAGCUUCUUUUAAAAAAGGAAAAAGAAAAGAAAAGUCAAAUGGUGUUGUAAGUAUGGUGCUAAGAAAAGAAGUCAGUAACAUCAGGCUUAUGCACAGCAAGAGAUUUCUGUCGCCAGAGAUACAGAAAGAUGUCACUAUAAUAGUAAACAUAGAUAAGUCUAAUAAGACUACUAAACACCAAUACAUACAGACAAGAAAAUGCGGCCUGGACAGAGUGAAUCCUAUUCUUUCAUAUACUGGUGAAAUGCUUAACUACAAGCGGGCGUAUUUUACUACCCUUCUUGAGCUGUUCCCCUCUAUAUACGGAUAUGUGUCUAUAGUUCAUGAGAAAAAAGACUCUUUCCAUGUAUUUAUUAACAGCUCAGAGAUAAAGAAUCAUAAGCAUAAAAUACUUGCCUCUCUUUUUCUGCUUGCAGAGGGAGUGGCUAUUCCGCUGACAGUUAAUAAAAGUGGGAACAUAACAGAUCUCGCUCUAAAGAAGGCAAAUUUACAAGAAGACCACUUUAAAGUAAAUAUCAGUGCAUCGUCUAAAUUUAUAAUUCGUGUAAUAAACUUCUUUAUAAAAGAACAAAAAAAAGAAAAAAAAUACAGUUCAAAUAUACCUAACAGCAAAGAGUUUAUAAACAGCCCAAGCUUCCUUAUACAGACAUAUAUCAAACACAGCCUAAAAAAUAAAGAAGAAAUGAAUUUAUUUGCUCAAACAGUGUAUGGUAUGCUGACUGAGUGCAAUUUAUAUCGUAAAAAAGAAAUGAAUAUGCAAGUGAAAGUAAAAAGAGUACUUGAAAGGUACAUCAUACGGCCAGGGAAACACUCAAUUGAAGAAGAUAAUACACACAUUUUCAGUAUAAUAGAGGCACCUUUAUACAAUGAUUAUAUAGAAAUUGGGCCAGAUCCAAUAUAUUUAGAGCCUGCUAUGGAUGUUGUUCCAGUUGGAGAGGAUGUAGACAAAUCUAAUGGGUUUACUGACUACGGCGAGACAGCUCUGCUGGGUCUAUUUUGCUGGGCGUCAUAUUACUAUGAAGAGAACAGAUACAAAAUUGGCCACAUAAAGUCUGCCUCUAAGGAGCUGAAAAGCUUUUUCCAAAAGCACAGUGGCAUGUAUGGAGCAGUGUCAAAGGAAUUGCACGAUGAGUGGAACCAAGUAGUAGGCGGCCUAGCCAACAAGAAUAUACAAUAUAUGCGGCCAGACAGAAACCAGCUUGUGCCAGGAAUGAUUAACAUGAUGCAUGUUAUUAAAGAGAUAACAGGAGUGGGUAAAACAGAGAAGAUAAAUAAGUUUAGAGACAGGCUGUAUGAGAUAGCUGAGGGCACGGAUCUUUUUAUAGUUAAAGAUUUUUAUAAAUCGUUUAAAAAAAAUCAUUAUAUGUCUGAAGAUAUUUUUGCCAGUGUUUCUGAAGAAUUUAAAGAUUCUAGCAAUAGGGUUAGAAAUACAAUCAUUAAAUAUGUUAAAGAAAUAAAACCACUGCAUGAUGAAAAACUAAAAAGUAAAAUAAGCCAAGAAGAAAAAGAUAAAAUAACGAAAAGGAUGGAAGAAGUGGUGAAGAUAGAAAAUGAUAUAAACAUCCAUAUUUUAGAAUUAGCACAGCUCUAUCUUCAACACCAAAAAGAUUUGAGGAAUGAGCUAGCAAAUGACAUAGGAAAAUAUAUGACCAAGCUAAUUAAGAAAAUUGCCCCAAGUCAAAGUGUUAGUAUUUAUAUUGAUCUCAAUCAUAAACAGACUCUUAAAGAAGGGUUUAGUGAUAUAGUCGGAGCCAUGAAUAUAUUUUAUAUCCAAAGGGAUGAACAGAGUAAAUCUGAUCUUUAUGCCCAUCCCUAUUCUUAUAAAUACGAUAUUUCCCUCAAUUACAAUAUUGAAAUAGAAGAAAUAGAAUACAUCACUUCAUUUGAGAUGUCUAGACAAGACAAAUCAUUAAAGAAGACAGUACCAUCUAUUGAAAAGAUUGUUAAAAUUGAUGCAAAAAGAAUUGAAGAAAUCAUUGCUCUAGAAAAAAGUGAUUCUAACCCAGGUACAAGUAUGAAACCUAAAUUUUUAAAUAACGAAUUGCCCAAAUAUAUUGAUAGCCUUCUGCUUGAACCAAAAAUUUAUAACCAAAAAUACAAAAGAGAUCUUGUAUUGAGGAUACUGCCAUGUAUACUAGACCAAAGUUCUGAUAGUUUGCGCCCUUUUUGUUCCUAUUAG